CGGAAUGCCAUGUCCUCCUUCUCCUGGCGAGAACUUUGAAUCCACAAAAUAAGACUUUUUCUUCUUGUUCUUUCUGGCUUUGGUUUCACAGAAAGCUGCAUCCCAGUUUAGUUUUGCAUUCACAUUUGCUUCCAUGGACGAAGCCCACAUGAAAAAAAUGAACUCUUUAUGUCUAUAUAAUUGGUCUUUCUGUGCAUUCCCUUGAUUUGGGUUCCUUACUUCCUUAGAUAGGACUGUUCUUCGCACGGUGUUUCUGGGUCCGAGAUCUGAGGAUGCGGGCUUCGAUUUCUUAGCCUGAAGAUUGGGGAAUGGUGGAGUGGCUUCAAAGAUCUGGUCUUUGGAAGUUCCUAUCCUGAUUACCAUCACUCAUAGGUCUCUGCCGUUUCAAAGCAGAACAAAACAUGGCCACUGAUCUGAACGCAGAAUUAUCCAAGAAGACUCACAUUUUUGGCCUCAAGGUCUGGGAAGUGAUUGGGGUUGCUGUAGCAUUAUUUAUCAUAGUCAUUCUUGCCGUGUUGUCCUUCUGUUUAACUUCGAGGAAGAAAUCAAGAGUUACCAGAAACAGGCUUCCUCUUAGCCAAAUCCCUACUGUUUCAAAGGAAAUCAAGGAAGUCCGGGUAGAGCAAGUGCCAACAAAUGAGUUUGUUCCUCAGGAUGGGAUUCUUCUCACAAUUCAUGACAAGUCUAGUGAUAAGGAUUCUGAUAAGGUGAUGGUUCAUCUGGGUAUGGGCAAAUUGAAGAAUGGGGAUAAUAGCAGUCAAUCAGGUUCAUUUCAUCACUUAGAAAAAGAUGGUGGAUCUCAGUCAGGUGAAGAAGGAAGUUCGGGCAAAAUAACUGUGUACAAGCCUUCUUCUUCAUAUCCAAUAACUGCUCCUUCUCCUCUUUCUGGACUGCCUGAGUUCUCUCACCUAGGUUGGGGUCACUGGUUUACAAUGAGGGAUCUUGAACUCGCAACAAACCGGUUUUCUAAGGAAAAUGUACUUGGUGAGGGUGGAUAUGGAGUCGUUUAUCGGGGACAUCUGAUCAAUGGAACUCCAGUGGCAGUUAAGAAGAUCCUUAAUAACCUGGGCCAAGCAGAGAAAGAGUUUAGAGUGGAAGUUGAAGCUAUUGGGCAUGUGCGCCACAAGAAUUUGGUUCGUCUUCUGGGAUACUGCAUUGAAGGAACACAUAGGAUGUUGGUUUAUGAGUAUGUCAACAAUGGAAAUUUAGAACAAUGGCUUCAUGGUGCUAUGCGUCAGCAUGGUUAUCUUACUUGGGAGGCCCGCAUGAAGGUUCUUCUUGGCAUGGCUAAGGCUCUUGCUUACUUGCAUGAGGCAAUCGAGCCAAAAGUGGUCCAUCGAGAUAUUAAGUCAAGCAAUAUAUUAAUUGAUGAUGAAUUCAAUGCAAAGGUUUCUGACUUUGGCCUGGCCAAGUUGUUGGGUGCUGGAAUGAGCCAUGUCACAACUCGAGUUAUGGGAACAUUUGGAUAUGUGGCUCCUGAAUAUGCUAAUACCGGUCUUCUGAAUGAAAAGAGUGAUGUUUAUAGCUUUGGGGUUGUUCUUUUGGAAACCAUUACUGGAAGAGAUCCUGUGGACUAUGGCCGUUCUUCUCAUGAGGUAAACCUUGUUGAUUGGCUGAAAAUGAUGGUUGGUAACAGGCGAUCUGAAGAAGUGGUUGACCCAAAUAUUGAGGUAAGGCCACCAACUAGAGCUCUAAAGCGGGCCCUUUUGACUGCUCUGAGGUGUGUUGAUCCUGAUUCUGAAAAAAGACCUAAGAUGGGUCAAGUUGUUCGUAUGCUUGAGUCGGAGGAAUAUCCUAUACCAAGAGAGGAUCGCCGGCAUCGAAGAACACAUGGAGGUAGCACAGAGAUUGAAUCACAGAAGGAAAAUUCCGACACUGAUAAGAGUGAUUAUCCAGGGUCUAGAUCAGAGAGAAGACGAACAUAACAAACAGGCGAUUCAUUUGGAUGUUCUAAAGAAUUUAUGAGUUGAUUGUCCAUUUUCAGAUGGGAAGGGGUUAAUUCUUAACGGUUCUUUUUUAAAAAAAAAAACCUGAAAUACUCUUGGGUUCACUUCUGAGCAAGUCUGUCAAUAUGUAGGUGUGUUGGAUCUUUUGGGGAAGGUAUUCAUUGCUAUUGUUUCUUUUGUUUUUAUUAUUCUUGCGUUUGGUUUCUAGAUGGAGAGAUGAUUGUUUAAAAAACUGAUACUUCUGAGGAACCCAAGUCAUUUGGGAGGUGUGCAUAGAAUUGAGUAGCUCUUUAAGGAUGUUUUGAUGAAGUACUUUUUCUGUUUAAAAGAAAAUUUGGUGUCAUGUUAAAUUGACAUUUGGUUUACUGUA